AUGAAGUCAUUUGCAUGGUUAAUCUCCCUGCCCAUGGUGGCAGAGGCUGGUGAAGUCCUAUGGAGCGGACUAUUCGACGCCUCUGCAACCGUUGCCGACUUCGACAAAUGGUCCUGGUCAAACCAAGUCGGCGCUUGGCAGUGGUAUAUCCACGGCACCGCAUCCACAGACAAGUACCUAGGACUCUCACCAGAUCACAAGAACCCAGCCGAUACCAGUGAAGCACAAGGUAUCCGAAUCACAAUCGACGGCACAUCCUUCUGGAAUGGCCAGACAAUGGAACGAUCCGAGCUCAUCCCUCAGACGAAAGCCGAUCUGGGAAGUGGACAUUUGUUCUACCAUUUCUCCUUGAAGACGAAUGAGACGAAUGCACCGAAUCCGAAGUUCGAGCACCAAAUUGCUUUCUUCGAGGACCUGAGACACGAGACAUGGACUAACACGUAUCCCCAGAGCCACUUCACCGAGCUGAAAUACGGCCUCAUGAGCGGCGAUUCCGCCAGCUCAGACAAUACCCUGCGCUGGUGUGUGGGGCUCGAAGCAGGGAACUGGUAUAACUUCGCCUAUGACAUCGACUUCGAUGCGCAGACGGUCGGGCUCUGGGCGUCGAAUGGGUCUAGCCCCCUGACGCAGGUCGUUUCGGGUGUUAGUACCUCGGCCUCGACUAACUCGGCGGAUUGGCAUAUCGGCGAGUUGCGGCUUGACAAUGGGGGUUCGGACUCGGCUGCGGAGGACUGGUUCUGGUCCGGUAUCUUCGUGGAGAAAGCUCCGAUUACGGCGGAGGUUGCGGGACCGAAGUAA